CGUCAUUAUAGUGGAGUUCCCCAUCGUUAUGUCCAUACAUAUCGUGACUGCCUUUGUUUCCACUGCGACUCAGCCGAGAGAAAUGGUCCAACGGCGAAAGGCGCCCGAAGACUGCCGGACCGGGACCCAGCAAGCGGUCACGAUGCGUGGAAGUACCCGCCAUAGCUCCAUUUCCCGUAGCAUCGUGACUCCGAACCCCCGGUCUGGAAUUCCGUCUCUGCAACAACUCCAACUUUCCACUUCCUCCUCUUCUCUCUCCAAUUGCACUCCCACACCACCAGCUAUUGCACGCCUCUGUACACUCCGAGUACCUGUACACUCGUGCCGUCACAAGCCACCAUCAGUUCCAACAGCAGUCCCGACGGAACAGUGCAUUGCUAGCACACACACACCUCACCACUGCAUUCAUCGUCGAACCCCGCAACCAACCCGGGCAAGCUUCACACUCGCACGACAACUUUAAGUGCACUGCAUUGCACCCAGAGACAGUCGCGGUUCCAAGCCUACGCUACCCGGUCACCUCGAGCUCCAAUCUCUCCAGCUUCCUGUGUUCCAGUCACACAGCGUCAACUAGCUACCCUUCAACUUCCCACUCGACGGGAGGUACCUUACGAUAAGCAAACCGGCAUCGCCUGCCGUCUGUCGCUUGUCGCCGUCCAUCGGUCAACUGUCAUCCGACUAGGGAAUAGGGACGCCCUCGGCACCAACCAAUCCCUAUUCCCCUUCCCCUCUUCGUCGAUCAGGCCUCCGGCCCUUGAAUCCUGCCUCAAACUUGUACAUUCGCCUUCUCUCCGACUCGUUCCACCAUCAGAAAAAGCUCAAUAGUUGCGCGGGACCACCCAUUGAGAGCUACAUAGGGGAAGGGACACCGGUUUCUCACCAGACCGAGAAGCACGCGCGGGGUGGGGUGUCUUUGACGGACCUUCGCCAGCCAGCAUAACGGCGUUUUGCAACUGUGCCCAGGACUUUGGUCUCGAUCGACGAGACCACUGUCUAGCCGGACGGGCCUCUUCCGAGUUGAUCCCCGGCAAAGGGCAGUCCCCCGUUUUGCAGAUCAUAUACGAGAUUAGAGCUACGACAAGGGGCGACUUCGCGCGCCACGAGAUUAUCAACAAGUAUGCGCGCGACAGCAACCCUUCCAGCUGCCGAUAACGCCCUCCUCGACGACAGCAGUAUAUCGAACAAUGGCCCAACCGCUGGCCACCGUCGCCUUGCACCAUCAUUUCCCAUCAUGUCGCAACAGAGCAACAGCCAGGAGAACAGUACAUCGCUGAAAGGGAGCUCUAAAGAUGGCUCAAAUGGGGGAACCAGCACGAGCACGAGCAGCCUUACAAAUGCCGGUCCUAGCAGCGAUGGGCAGUUUUGGAACAGCACACAACGACUGGCGAAAAAAUACCGCACCGAGGUUGCCGCUUCGGCCUCGAGCGUGCUGUCCACCAUGUCCACGUUCCCCCUUGAUAGCGUCAAGACACGGAUGCAGACGUACAAAUAUGCCGGAUUUGUCGAUUGUGUCAAGCAGACAUAUCACACCGAGAGGCUCAGGGGCUUCUUUCGAGGCGUCACGGCCCCGAUGCUCAGCAUAACUGCGGUACGGACUGUGUCGUUUUCCAUCUAUCAGCGCUCCAAAUACGCAUAUAGUGACUGGGUCAAACGCAACUUUGGCUUUGAUGUCAUGAGCCAUGUCGCCUCCCACGGGUCGUUGCCCAAUUUCUGGACUGUUGCCACCUUUGGCGCCGCUGGCGCAACGGCCGGAUCGUGCAUAACUUUGAUAGCUUGCCCAUUCGAGUUGACUAAGCUCAGCGCGCAAGUUUCAGUUUUGAUGGCAGACAAGAAGAAUUGCCUAAAACCGGGAAGCCAUGCCAUUGCUGCGAGUUACCAAAACAAGGGAACUCUGAAGACAAUGGGAAACAUUGUGAAGCACAGAGGGCUGGGCGGUCUUUACACAGGAUUCGGCUUGCAUUUGACCCGAGAUACCCUCGGUACCGCCAUGUACUUCAUUACUUACGAAAGCAGCAAACAGCUGCUUACUACUUUUGGCGGGGCUGGCACCCAUAACAACCCCUUCGCAGUGUUGAUCGCCGGUGGCAUGUGCGGAAUAGUCUCUUGGGCGUUAAUCUACCCGGUCGACUCAGCCAAGAGCAUUUAUCAACGCAACUCGCUCAUGUAUUCCAAGGGCGAAAAGGUCGAGCCCGUCAAGAUCCGUUUCUUCCAGCGCAACAUGUAUCGCGGUCUUGGUGUAUCAAUGGCCCGGUCUUGUGCUGUUAACGCCGUCUUCUUCUCGUCGUUCGAAUUCCUGAAGAAACGCAUUAAGGCCAUGGAAGACCAUUAGCAUCGUCGCUACACAUCCCAGAAAAAAAGAACCGGUCACCAUCGGCGAAUGGUAUCUGUCGGGUUUUGUGCAACAGCAACCAUUCUUUAGAGGUGCAUAGUGCUGGGUUAUGCGUCACAACAUUCAGUACCGUGAGCAGUUGGGAGACUACGCAUCAUUUGAAUGGCGCAGUGUAUACGGGGAGAUAUUUCAGGGUAACACGUAUAAAUCAUGUCUGCGUAUCGGCAUUGCGAAACAGAGUCGCAUACAGCAGGUACGCAAGAGAUGUCUGGCGAGGGAUAACAUCUCGGCUGAUCUGCAUCGAGGAGGAAGUUCAUAUUAUUUGGUUUUAUCUCAGAGGAUCUACCUCAGGGAAAGGAGAUGGUGCAUACGACAGCGACAAGCUUGUCUGGAACGGCGUUUAUUUUUUACGGUUCAGUUGAAGUAAAGUGUUCGGGCGUAUCUCCCACUCAGCACACUUGGGAGAGGUGUGUAGUUGAUCGGUCCUGUUUGUGAAACAUACUUUAGGGAAAGGACCUUGGGACAUCGUAGCGAGUGCAAUUAGAGCGAUCAAACACCAAAGAAAAUAUCCUGGCUGUAGCUGGGUAUUGCGAUUGUGUCUGUCUAUUUGUACGAUGUCACAGAGCUACGAAGUUUGUGUCGAUGGUACAGCUGCUAAAGAAAC